UAUUUAUUAAAAAUCCAUGCUCUUAUUUAUUAAAAAUCUAUAUUUUCCUUUGUAGAAAGGUUACAUAACACAAAGUCACAAAUAAAUUGAAGACUUUAACUUCAACAUUUUUCUUUCUUAGUAUCCAAGUCUUAAGUGACAUUUGUGAUGACGUUUACAUGCACGUAUCCCGAAACACAAGGAGGCACACCAAUACUAGUUCAAUACAAAUUCCAAAACCUCUCUUAAACCCUUCAGAAAAAUACAAACUCCAAAACUAUACACAAAAACAACACAAGAAGAAGAAAUCAAAUUGUAUGCUCCUUGAGUAGCAAAAAGCGCAUGAAGAUUGAUACCGUUUCUGGAGAAAGGAAAUCACGCAAGAGACGCAGUGGUGGAAGAACUGAUUCAGUAGAAGACACUCUUGAGAAGUGGAAGAAGUACAACAGACAGCAACAACAAAAGCUUGGUUUUGGAGAUAAUGGGGUGGAAUUGGUUCACAAAGUUCCUGCAAAAGGUUCAAGAAAAGGGUGCAUGAGAGGUAAAGGUGGUCCUCAGAAUUCUGACUGCAACUUCAGAGGAGUUAGACAGAGGAUUUGGGGUAAAUGGGUUGCGGAGAUUCGCGAACCUAUCAACGGUAAACAUGUUGGUGAGAAAGCAAAUAGGCUUUGGCUUGGUACUUUCACUACUGCACAUGAUGCUGCUCUUGCUUAUGAUAAAGCAGCUAAGGCCAUGUAUGGACCUAGUGCUCGUUUGAACUUUCCUAAUGGAUCACCACCAUCAUCUACUGCUGGUUCUGCAGAGUCUCUGAAUGGUGAGGAUCUUGCAAAGGCUGAAGAGCUGGAGAGUAAUCUUCGUCAGUCUCAUGAAGAGAAUAAGAUUUUUUCUAAUGAUUUUGCUGUCGAUGACUCAGAGGAAGCCAAGGAAGUGAUCAGAAAUAAGAAAAGUAAGAAAAUGGUUCAUCAAGGGUCUUACAAGAAUGUUAAGUUUGAAACACCUAGAGAAAACGAACGACUAGAGAGUGAAUUGGAGAAAGUUUUGGAGAAUUCUGGCAUAGGUGGAGAGUGUUUUCAUGUGCAGAAGGAGGCUAUAAAUACAGAUAUGAAUUUAGGAGCUGAUUGUAGCUCUUCUGAUGGAGUAGAAAAUGGGACUCUGGUGAAAAGUGAAGAAACAGCAGGAGGAUUGGUGGAGGAUUUGAAAUUCUUUGAGUUGAGCUGCAGCAACCAUUUCCUUGGGAACCUACAGAAUAUGCUUCCAGAUAGCAAUACAAGACCAAAUUCUGAGCAUUAUGACAUCAAAACCAAAGAUUCAUUUGAGAAGAAACAUAAGAAUGAAGUAACUUCUGCAGAAAUCAAGGAAUUUUGUCGUGGCACUGGCAAGUCCUCCAGGAUAAGCCAUGGUCAGUCACAAAAUGAGCAAAAUAAAAAUGGACAUUUUGAUGGGAUGAAAAGUGAGCUCAAGGGAUUGGAAUGCAAGCUGAGAGGCCAAUCUAAUGAUGAGGCACAAAUAGUAGUACCUUACAUGCCGGGAAUUCAUCUGUUUGGUGGUGACAGUGUGGGACCAAUUGAAAGAAUGUCCCAAGUAGAGGAUUUGAACUACAAUACUAAUAAAAACACUAAAUUGAAAGAGAAAGGAAAUAAUGGAAGUACACUGCAUGGAUUUAGUUCCGGGAAAAGUAGGAAGCUGAGUGAUCUUUCUCAACAGCUGCAGAAAUUGGGUAGUUACCUGCCUGAAAAUUGGAAUAAUAGACAGUUUGCAGAUCUUGAAGUAGGUUAUGAUUAUAGUUUCUUAAGUCCUGAUUAUGAUUUUGGCUUAUUGGAAGAGAAGAAGUUACUAGACGUAUGUUUUUCACAUAUAGGAUCUUAAAGUUGCCUGGUCCUUAUAAGGUUUUUUGUUUUUCACUUUGGUGGGGUUAUUUAUAACAGGGUCUUUUUUUCCCUACCUCAGUGAUUCAAUAACGCAUGUUUCUGCUAUCUAUUCAGUAUCUCAAUCACUAUAAAGAUGCUCUGUACUAAGAAUGAAUUUUGCAUUGUGUUAUAAUUAUAGUUCAUAUAAGAAUUUUGCACUAUGAAUAAGAUGCCCUUUGGUACUAUUUGGAAGA